UAGCCAUCUGAGCGACAGAUAAGCAGUGUAGCUGAUUCAUCUCACUCUCACUUUGACUGCUUUGAGAGCACACGGGUACCAAGCAUCUCCACACUUAGACCCCAGCCUAACAGAGAAAGAAACAGAAAAAAAGGUGGAUUUUCAGUCUCGGCAGCCAAAGGAGUCAGCAUAGAUUUCCCUGGACAAGUCUCCAGGGGUGUAAUGGGUCUUGCAGAACAGUGAAGUCUGCAUUGAUUAUGUGUCAGGUUGAUGUGAUCUGGAGGCAAAGAGGAAGCAGGACUCGCACACCAGCAAAAACAUGGAGAAGUUGACGGGGAAAGACAAGGAGCUUAUCCGGAACAGUUGGGAGAGUCUGGGUAAAAACAAAGUCCCUCAUGGGGUCGUCAUGUUUACCAGGUUGUUUGAAUUGGAGCCUGGGCUAUUGCAUCUGUUCAACUACAAGGCAAACAGCAACUCUACCCAGGACUGUGUCUCUAGCCCAGAGUUUCUGGAUCAUAUUACCAAGGUGAUGCUGGUGAUUGAUGCAGCUGUCAGUCACCUGGACGAUCUCCACUCACUUGAGGAGUUUCUACUCAAUCUGGGGAGAAAGCACCAGGCUGUGGGGGUCAAGACCCAGUCAUUUUCUCUGGUGGGUGAGUCUCUUCUUUACAUGCUGCAAUGCAGUUUGGGCCAAGCCUACACUGCCCCUCUGCGCCAGGCCUGGCUGAACAUGUACAGCAUCGUGGUGUCAGCCAUGAGCAGUGGCUGGACAAAGAAUGGUGAACACAAGAGUGACUAAGCAACCUGCGCACAUGGAACCAGGCCAAUACAUGGUGACCUGUUAACUUUCAGAGGCUCAGAGUUGAGGCUUGUGUAGCUUUACACAGGAAGAAAAACCUGAAAGUGCUGUUUUUUCUUCCAGCAGGGUCACUUUGCAGCACAGGAGAGAUAUUGUCAGGUUUGAUGUACCAUCCAAUGGUCUUAGCAACAGCUAUGCUUUGAGGUUUAUGGCAGGCACCCAGCUAAUUAUGUAUGUGAGGUCCCUUCAGCAUCGCUGUAGCAUUGCAGGAACGUGGUACUGUAACAUUGUGACAACAUCAGAAUAUUAUUUUCCUGGGGAUGGAUGUGCUCUAUGUCUAUUGAACAUGCUCACAACAUGGCGACUUAAGAGCAUAAGACUAGUUUUAGAUUGUACAUGCUUUGUACAUUUCAGCUUGAUAUACCUACUCAAACAAUUAUGAUGAUAGUGUUGGUGUUGUGAUGUUUCUAAUGCAACUUCCACAAUCUCAAACACUCAAACAUUUUUUGUGAUGCACCUUUUUUCCCUAAACAAUACAAGGUACAUUCCAUACUAUAUAGAGCUGCUGAAAGAAAAACUGUCACGGUGAAAGGGUUCUUGGAAAGCUUUGACUUGCACUGUUCAUGCUUUUGGCAUACAAUGCUAAUAUAUAUAGUAAUUACUGCAACAGUCAUGUCUUGUUUGCUCAUGAGGUGCUUUACCUUGUAUACUCUUUAUGGUAUGGUCUGGUAUAUGUAUAUUCUGUGCAUCAAUAUACAUGGGAAAGUGAAUUAUCUCACUUGCAAAUAACGAUACUGUGUUGUUAAUGGCUAAUGCUGUCUGCACAUUCUUAUUUUAAUGUCACAUUGUUUUCCUGAAGCAAUGUAUGUCUACUGUGUUUGACUUCUAUUUCUAAUAACUGUGCAGUAUAACUAUCUUUUCAUUUGAAUAUAAAACUUCAAUCUACUUCUUGGAAAUCUUAGCCAUUUAUAGUAUAUAAGUAGCUGAAUAUUAUAAGGACCAACAUUGAAAACUGUGAAAGGAUGGAAUGAACUUCCUCAUUGGCCAACAAUUGAUGAAAAUUGAUUAAAGAAACAAAAUAAAUGAAUACAAUGAGGAAAAAACUUAACAAGACAUGCCUGACAAGAACUGUUAUAUUAGAACAUUUUAAUAUUUUAUAUGUUAUCUCUAUGACUGUUAUGCUAUCCACAGUGCGCCUUACUUCAAAGGUGUAUGGAUGCCAUUUUCUUCUCGUCUGACCGCAGAGGUUUUGAAAGUGCAUUUUAAAUCACUUUAUGAUACACCGGUUGACCUGUAACAGCAGGCGCCAAUAGACUGUUAUUUUAUUCUUCUUGAAAAGACUGUUCUAAGUACUUAUUUAAUGAUGCCAAUAUAGUUGUUGAUAUUCGCUUGCUUUAGGAAAUUAGGGUGAUGUAAGUAUAUAUAUAAGCAAGGAUCAGAGCAAACUAUAACAGUUUUUCUGUUUGAAGUUUGUAAAAAUUAUUUGAAUCACAAUUUUUAUUUCAGGCAAAAAGUCAUUAGCAUUGAAUAGUUUUUGCACUGGGUUCUUGAAUAGAAUGUUCUUCAAUAUUAACUAGGUUUAAGAAGCCAGUGCAUAUUGAUAUAUUUCUGCUGCUAAUUUGUAAAAUUGUUGACUCUGUCGCUAUCUUAGAGUAUUUUGACCAUUUCUACAUUAGAUAAUAAAAGCUGACAUGAAAUAUGCCAGAUGACAUUUAUAGAUGUGACAAUAUAUUACAAAGCUACUGUUAUAUGAUGUAGCUAUAUAGCAGUUUAUCCUGAUGUUAAUUACUUUUACAAAAAUUACUUUUCAAAAUUCAAGUGCAUAAACCUUUAGAAGAGGUAGUUUGCCAUCUAUGAAUUUUACCCCAACAACAUAGUAUAUAUGUAUAUAUAAAAUUUUAAAGUCAUAUAAGCGUAUAUGUUUAUAUGACUUUAAAAUUUUAUGUAUAUUUAUGUUGUUGGGUUAAAAUUAUAAACAUAUAUAUAUACAUAUAUAUAUAUAUAUAUAUAUAUAUAUAUAUAUACGUUCAUAUGACUUUAAAAUUUUCAUUUGGAUGGAGACAAAAGGGUCGUAGUUCUAUCCUGCUUUAAAAUCCUUGAAGUGUUCAGUAUUUCCAGAAAUGAAAAUACCAGAUUUAAUUGCAGCAAUCUUUUUUCAAUUAUUUAAAUUCUCAUGCUACCAGUUGAUAUUUCUCAUGCUACCAUAAUGAAUUUGCCCUUUGCCAUUGGGUUGGCUUUGAAAUUCAGGAUUUUCCAUUCCCGGCUGCUGAAAGCUUUUAUUCCCCAUGAAAAUGUCUUUAUUUAGAAAUAUAUGUCUUUAUUAGUAUGAAAUCCCUUCUUAGAUAUACAGUGUAUCCAACAUUUUCCUGACUUACAAUUAUUGGCUUUAAAGAUCCUUAAAGCAGGUUGAACAGGCUCUGCAGGUGGUGAAUUUAUUGUGAAAUCAUUUUCAGUCUCCUAAUGAGACUCUAUGCAGAUUGUUGCUGCCAAUCUUUCUCUUUUUCUUAAGUUUUCAGAGAGUAGUCUUGCUUAGUCUAUUUAACGUGUGUGUGUGUCUGUGUGUGAACGUGUGUGUGUGUGUGUGUGUGUGUCUACGUGUGUGUGUGUGUGUGUGUGUGCGUGAAUGCCUGGGCACGGAUAUGUGACUUCAAACAACUUUAUUCAGUAAUAUAGCAUUGAAUUAUAUUUUGUAAGUGUAUUGAUGUCUACCUCAUCAACACAGCUGCUAUUGAACAACUACACAUUUUCCUGUGACCAAAAAACACAUCUGGUAGAAAAUGCAACUAUCCUCAUUUCAAUGAAGCAGCUUGUCAAAAUAUAACCAUUCAACUGUUAAUGUUGUGUUACACAGUCACUUGUUAAACAAAGACAGAAUAAAGGUUGUCUCAUGUGCA